AUGCAUAUUCUCUCAGAGCCUGAUGUGACUCGCGUCUUCCGCAACUUAACGCAGAAGCAAUGCAAGGACUUCAUCAAAGUCCUCGGCGAUGCACUGGUUGGAUACUCCGCUGAAUCGCAACCGUCCGUCCCAGCAUCAGAGAAGCUAAUUCACCAACCGCUUCGUACGGGGUUCCUCACUAAAGAUAACAAUACUUCCCUCUUCAUGCCCGUCUCAAACACUGCUACCACAGCCGUGAAAGUUGUAACGGUCGGUCAAGCCGGAAUUCAAGGCACGAUUAAUGUGUUUUCGCCCGAGGGUCGAUUACAAGGCCUUCUUGCCGCGGCAGAGGUUACAGCAUUCCGUACAGCACUUGCAUCAAUGACGCUCUUUGUGCGCUGCUGUAGCCUCCGCAAGGAAAACGUUGUUGUAAUGGGAUCCGGCCGUCAAGCUGAAUGGCAUGCUCGACUUGCAUUGUUGCUCUACCCGGACCUUAUUCGCCGCGUGACCUUCAUUAAUCGAGGCCGUAAACGGCUAGCGGAGAUGGAGAGUGAUGUAUUUAGUGAACUGCGGAAGCGCUAUCCCGAUACUAGCAUCAGUGCAUUUGCUAAGGAGGGAACACCCGAUUAUGAUGCGAAACUUCUUGGUGAGUUGCAGGCUUCAGAUGUUAUUUUCAGCUGCACGCCGUCCUCGGAACCGAACUUCAGCUUUUCGGAUCUUCAGUCUGUACCUAAGCAGCGCUUCAUAUCUCUCAUUGGUUCUUAUAAACCACAUAUGCAUGAGAUUGAUACUGAGACUUUGCUCUCUGGUGGAGGCAAGGUUUAUGUUGAUUCCAAAUCGGCUUGUUUGGAGGAAUCGGGUGAAUUGAUUACUGGGAAUGUGACAGAAGACCAGUUGAUUGAAAUGGGCGACCUUCUUGGUACAAAAGACUCUUCGGAAUCGAUAGAUAUCCCAGAGGGAUGCAAUGUGAUCUUUAAGUGCGUGGGAAUGGGGUUGAUGGACUUGGUGGUUGGGAAGGAAUUGCUUGAUAUUGGAAGUGAACCAGGGCUAGGAACACAUGUCGAUGGAUUUUAA